AUGCGGCCGCCCUGCUCCUGGAGCCCCGUGUGCCGGGCGGGCCCGCAGGCCCGGCCGCCCGCACCGCCGGCCUCCCCCGGCGCCGGCGCGGAGAGGGCACCUGGUGAGCGGCGGGCGGGCCUGCCCCGGGGUGGCGGGCGGCCACCGUGUGCCCGGGCUCGCGGGCCCUUGCCGGUGCUCGCCUCCUGCCCGCCCCGGGAGCCCGCGGCGCGGACGCUGGGGGGCCGUGCGCGGCGGCGGCGGCGGCGGGCGCGGGGUGGGCGGGACGCGACGGCAGGGAGCCAUGCGGGGGUCCUGCAGACCUGGCCCGGAGGUGCGGGCCGGACCGAGGCAAGCGCGCGGAGCCGCUCGGAGCUGUCAGACCAGGUUCUGCCCGAGCCUGCCGGGAGGGCUGGACACGCCCGGCCUCCGCCCCCGCGACCCCGGGGUCCCCCGUGGCGCGCCCCUGGCCCAGGCCCGUGUGAUGUGUCCCCAGAGCCCGUAAUCCACUCGACUGCCCUGCUUUUACACAUCCUGUACCUGCAGGGCGUGGUCACCAGCUUCCCCCAGCACCCGCGGGAGCCCAGCGCUGCGGGCGGCCCUGUCCGGCAGGGCGGGGAUGGGAGGGAUGCUGAAGGGAACUCCUCCGUCUGUGUCCUGCGCCUUUGA